AUCUGAGUCAUGUGAUUCCCUCCAAUCCCCAAACCUGACACAAUGUCCCCAGAAACCCAAUAUUAAACUCAUUGUGAGGAUUAGAGUGUCAGCUCCUGUGCUCAGCCCUGCCCCCGGUUUGUAUCUCCUGCAGAGCCCAGAAGCGGCGGUGGUCGGUGAUCGGUGAUCGGUGGAGACUUUUCUCGGAGUGGGAAGGGAUUUCCCAGAAGAGGAGGAGAGACUGAAAACUGAGAAAACGAAAGUGAAAGUCAGACGAGAGCCAUUUUCUGCCUCACACCCAACACAUCGUCAUGUCACCGACAUAGACCGUCACCUUCCAGAGCAACACACAGAAUGGGGGACACAACUUACCGAUAUCCCGUACUACUUCAGUGGGAUCAGGGGCCCAAAGAGCUGAAAAAAGUGAAGAAUAAAAUUCACAAAUAUUUCCAAAGUCCAAAAGAAUCCAGCGGAGGAGACUGUGAAAUUCCUGAAACUGACUGCAGCCGAGGAUACAUCCUCAUAUACUUCAAGGAGGAGAAAGCUCAGCAAAGGGUUCUACAGAAAAAUCCUCAUCAAGUUCCAUUAGAAAAAGCGGGGACAUUAUUGGUGAACGUCUUUCCAGACGCAGAAAGCGCACAGAGAAUGGGCAAUCCUUUCUCCUCAUCGGCCGCUUCAAAUGACGAUGAAGCAUCUGGGUCCUCGUCUGAUAAAGGUCACCAACACGAAAACGAUCACAACCCAGAUAAUCGGAAGAGAAAGGGUUCUUUAAUGACCGAUCCCGACCCAGGGAAUGGAGAUCCCAAGAGAUCUGGAGAUGAUUCCACUGGACGCAAGGAAUGGGAAAGUGGCGUUGAUGGGAAAAAUCACAAUGUUAACUCUUCUGCACCAAAAUCAUUGACAGAGGAUUAUAACAGUCAUCAAUAUUCCGACACUCCCAGGAAUGGGUCCGGAAAGAACUCGGAUGAUGGAGCGUCUGGGUCCUCGCUUUAUGCAGAUCACCGACAAGGAAUCCAUUGGAGAACCAAUCAUUUGGCGAGGAGUAUUUCACUGACAGAUCGCGGGUCAAAAGAUGAACGGGAAAACAGAUGGGAUUUUGGUGGAACUGACGGGAAAGGACAAGAUAACUCUUCUGCACCAAGAUCAUUCACAGACAAAUCUAGUCAUGAGGAUUCCUUCACUCCCGGGAAUGAGUCCAGAAGGAACCCGCUAGGACGCCCUAUGAACCCAGCCCCCCCAGAGAUCUUUACGAAAGUCACAGCAAAAUUAGAUAAGGAAUGGUUCACGGAAGCUUUACAAGAGCAUAUGAAAGCGGAAAUGCCAUCUCUCUCUAUAAAGAAUGAAUCUGAUUUUGUGGAGGUGAUAGGAAAAUUUGAAGAGAUACAACUGGUGCACGGCUAUCUCCAGGGGAAACUGGAGCAUAAAUUCAGCGCAGAGAAGCCUCCAGACACAUCCAGUGAUUGGAGUCCCACCGACAGCUCGGCAGACCAGGUGUGCGUUCCAUCGGCCUUGUAUGAAUACAUUAUGGAGAUCUACAGAACAGAGAUGGACGAUCUACAGAGAACAAAUGGAGUGAGGAUUGACCAUCACUCCACACCGGAAGGAUCCACAUAUGUCAGAUUUAUCUCUCAGGGAUCAGGAUCCUCACCUGAGAAAGCCAAGGAGAGAUUUACAGACAAGGUACAGAAGGUGACGGGUGACUGGAGCCAGGAAACGGUGAAUUCCUCAGUUGUCCCCCUGACAAUCUCUGACAUCAAAGAGCGAGUCAAAGCUUGGUGGAGUAAUACUCUGGUGAUACAAGGAGAGAACAAGGACAUCGUCCUUCGUGGUCCAGGAGAUGAGUUGUCCCAGGUGAAGACGUUCUUAGAGACUACUGACCACAAACCUUCAGACCACAAACCUUCAGACUAUAAAACUUCAGACCACAAACCUUCAGACCACAAACCCGCUCGCCCUCCCAGGCCUGUGACCAUCUCCACCAGCAAUAUGAAGACGGAGAUCGAGGUAGACGCCAGACACAUGGAUAUCCUGAGGAAAUUAAAGUACAGGCAGAUCUCUGACAUUGAGAAGAAGUACAAUGUGAAGAUGGAAGAAAACAAGAAAAAUGUCAGCUCCCUUGUCACCUUCAGAUCCCUGAAUGCACCCCCUGACCUUUCACCCCACGCCUCUCACAGCUUCAUCACCCUUCUGCAGAAAACUUUCUUUAAUAUCGAAAGAAAAGAAAUCAGCGUGAAGCCGGAAUUCACGGAGGAGAGAGUGAGUCUGGUGCAGAAACAGCUGAUGAUGGCGGGAAUAGACAUUGUGAUGGAAUAUUCCAAAGGCACUUUGCUCCUCAUCGGCCAUCCAGUCCAUGUCGCUCUUGCUGAGGAGAAACUCAAUGGAAACCAGAAUUCAGGAAGAGGUCAGGCAGCAGCUGCCUCAGAAGAGAAAAUGGAUACCAGUAGUUCCUCAGCUGCUACGAAGAAAGAAGAAGAGCCAGACAAGUGUCCUAUCUGUCUGUGUGAGAUGAAAGAUAAGGUGAUAUUGGAGAAGUGUAAGCAUGCGUACUGUAAGGACUGUCUUAAACAACUCAUGGCCCAUAAACCUGUGUGUGCGAUAUGUGGAGUCUCUUAUGGGACAGUCACAGGAGACCAGCCUGACGGAACUAUGAACGUGAACACAAGAAAAUACCAACACCUACCGGGAUAUUCUGGAUGUGGAACCAUAGAGAUCAUCUAUGACAUCCCAUCGGGCAUCCAGAAGGAGAACCAUCCUCGUCCCGGAAGAUCUUUCUCAGGUGCCAGACGUACGGCUUAUUUACCGGAUAACAAGGAGGGGAAUGAGAUCCUUCUUCUGCUGAAAAGAGCCUUUGAUCAGCGACUGAUCUUCACUGUGGGAGAUUCUCGUACAUCCGGCGCCACCGACACCGUCACCUGGAAUGAUGUCCACCAUAAAACCAGUACAAGCGGGGGCCCCCAGAGUUUCGGUUACCCGGAUCCGGAUUACCUGAACCGCGUGCGGGACGAACUGAAAGCGAAGGGGGUCGAGUAAAAAAAAAAAAAUGACGGCAAUCUGUAUUUGUUGUAUUUCCGGCUCCAUGGGGUUUAGUCGUCGGGGGCGGAGUAACCCCUCGCUAUAAAUAUGUCAUGUGAGGAGAUUUUGGUUUUGUAGAACAAUGUGAGAAAGGUCGGCCGUACGUUAUACAAUUUUCUUGUCAAAUUUCCCUUUAGAUUGACUAAAACCGUAGACUAUGAGGUCACAGCUAAACCCUUUCAGUUGGUAGGCAGUCAGGCCCGCCCUCGCACUACAUAGUUGAAGGGAAAUCGAAAGGAAAUAAAACAAGAAAGUCAAAUAA